AUGGUAUGGGACUACAACGAUCGAACACCGCCCUUACGGCCGGAUACAGCCAGACUCCGCUUCAUUCCUCCUCUGGUUCUCGGGUCCUACAAGAUACCCCAUGUUAUCUGGGGCGACGACGCAUCAAUCUGCCACGAAGUACCAUCAGUUGUCUCGGACUCAAUGCACAUUUUGGUUCCAAAAGCGUACUUAGAAAUAGCGUCCAAAUGCUUAACGGAAUAUUUACCCUUCAAACGGACUGUAUUCCCGCCCAACGAAGACGAGCUCCUUCCUUGUUAUUCGGACGAAUGCAUUCUAUUAGCUUCAAAGGAAAAACUUUGCAUAACAGCUGAUUAUAUAAUCUUGAUUCCGGAUAUUCUGUUUCAUUUUGAUGCUACAAACCCAACAUCAAUUCAAACGCCUCCAAGCUAUUUCGAACUGCCCUCCAAAUUUGACAAAGUCGGGGUACCUUCAUUUCCCGCUUUGGUGAGCGCAUACUUGCUAUGUCUAGGCGAGUCCGGGACUCAAAAUUUUACAGGUUUCCAGAAAGGUCGAUGGCGGAUGGGGGAUCUGAGGGCCAGAAUUCUUGGUUGGGUGGUUACGCUUAUAGCUUGGAGACGAAGAGAACCAUGGGAAGAGUAUUACAAUGGUCCCGAGGAGUUUCCAGUCACACUUAAAGAGAUACGAAACUGCCUAUCGUUGGAAAGUAUCCCAAUACUCGAUAGUAUAUAUAUGAAGUCUGCAACUCUUUCUGCAGAGCCUUCUGAUCAAUCAUGA